AUGAAGAGAAAUUUCACCUCUGUGACUGAGUUCAUUCUCCUAGGACUGACCAGUCACCUGGAACUGCAGAUCCUCUUCUUUGUGCUGUUUCUGGCCAUUUACCUGAUCACGCUGGCAGGGAACCUGGGCAUAAUCGUCCUCAUCCACAUCAAUGCCCGGCUCCACACACCUAUGUAUUUUUUCCUGAGCCACUUAUCCUUUGUGGAUUUCUGCUUCUCCUCCAAUGUGACUCCAAAAAUGCUGGAGAACUUCCUUUCAGAGAGGAAAACCAUUUCCUACCCUGCAUGCCUGGUCCAGUGUUACUUCUUCAUUUCCCUGGUCCAUGUUGAGAUGUAUAUCCUGGCUCUGAUGGCCUUUGAUCGGUACCUGGCCAUCUGCAACCCUUUGCUUUAUGGCAGCAAGAUGUCCAAGAGUGUUUGCACAUCCCUCAUCACAGCACCUUAUGUGUAUGGCGCACUCACUGGCCUCAUGGAGACCAUGUGGACCUACAAACUGGCUUUCUGUGGCCACAAUAAAAUCAAUCACUUCUACUGUGCUGACCCUCCCCUGAUUAAGCUGGCUUGUUCUGACACCUACCACAAAGAACUGUCAAUGUUUGUGGUGGCUGGAUUAAACCUGUCCCUUUCUCUGCUCAUUAUCCUUACUUCCUACCUCUAUAUUUUUCCUGCUAUCCUGAAAAUCGGCUCCACAGAAGGCAAGCGCAAAGCCUUCUCCACCUGUGGCUCCCAUCUGACAGCUGUCAUCAUAUUUUAUGCAACUCUCUUUGUUAUGUAUCUCAGGCCCCCAUCAAAGGAAUCUGUGGAACAAGGCAAAAUGGUUGCUGUUUUCUAUACCACGUUCAUCCCCAUGUUGAACCCCAUGAUUUAUAGCUUUAGGAAUAAAGAUGUGAAAGAAGCAAUAAGCAAAGAGCUCUCCAGGAAGAAUAUGUUUUUCUGA